UUAGAAGAUCCAUUUCACACAACACAAAAGUAUAUUCCAAAAUGGGUGAGGGUUGUUCAAAAACAUGGCAGACGCAUAGUGGGCCCUUUACUCCUCUGAAUCUGAAGGUAGUCGCGUGGGAAUGAAACUCACCUGCAGUUAGGCAGUGGUGUUGAUAGGAGAGAAAAGCACCGAGUACGUCCUUCCCUUUUUCCCGAAUCACCUUUUCCCGCACAUCAUUUGCCUGGUUAUUGAAAACCCUAGUGCUAACCAUAAAAACUUUCGGCAAAUUAGAGGUUGGUGAUUGCAUAUUUCAUUUUAUCAAUUUCUACGAUCUAUUAUCACGAUUUUCAUCUUUUACCAAUUUCCUUUUCCGAUGGUCGAUGAAUUUUCAGGUAUGAGCAGAGAGACACCGCCUGAGCCACUUAAUUUCUUCAUUUGGACAGUUGAGGAUGUUGGUCUGUGGUUGGAAGAAAUUAAUCUUGGUAACUAUAGGCAAAGUUUCAAAGAAAAUGGUGUUAAUGGGGAGUACCUGGAAGGGUUGUCAAUGUUCUCAACUGAACAGAUCCUACGGUUCAUAAGAAGAUGCCACAUGAAAUGGGGAGAUUUCAUAACAUUAUGCAAGGAGCUUAGGAGAAUUAAAGUGGCUUGCUUAAAGGGUGAACAGAAAGUCCACAGUCCGUGGUGGGCUCCAUCAUGCAUCUCUGUAGUCUUUGUCAAGGCGGCCAAGCGUAACAGGCAGUCAAGAGUUGUUUCAUUGAAACUUGAAUCUUGACAUUUGGAGGAUUUUCAUAACAGCCGCUUGUGUACAUCUUUUAUGUUCUUUUGGUGUUGAUGGAUGGUUGGAUGCUAUGCCUUUUUAGUUGCCUUUCUCUUCUUUUGAUGUAUACUUCCUUUGUUAAAGCUGCCGGUAUUUGUUUGUAUUGUGAUUCUAGUGGGGAGAACUUCCUCUCUUAAUGAUUCUUACGGAGUAUUAUGUAUAAUUUAUACAUAUUGUAGGUUUUCAAACUCUCCUUGUAACAAUGGUGUGAUGAGAUCAACCUCAUACAAGUUACAGUUACACAUUCCACUUUUCACUGAAAUUACUUUCCUUAAACUUCCCAUUUCCUCGUUUAAUUCUCUGUUAUUUAUCC